UACACCACUGAACUAGUUCACUGAUAGAACUGACGUCACGUGUAUACCUAUUUUACUUCCGUAUUUCUGGAUCACAUUCAUUCGAAACUUAUGUAGUUGUUGCCACGGCGGCAUAAUAGUGCAAUUAUCGUUGUUGUUUGGGGUCGAAAUCAAUGAUUAAAAGGAAAUUAUUACCGUAAAUAGCCUGCGAUUACGCAGCCUGUUUGUCCAGCACGGUACGGGAAAGGUCUAGCUAGCUAUCGGUUAGCCUCCGCAGUCUAGCUGGCAGUAAGCCUAUUUGGGCUGUGUGAAGUAAACUGUAUAAGAUAUAUAUAUUUAAAAAAUCAUGUCAAAACCAAAACUAAUCGUCUUCGACUUGGACUACACACUGUGGCCUUUUUGGGUUGACACCCAUGUGGACCCCCCGUUCCGCAAGGACAAAGCUGGAGGGGUAGUGGAUUCCCGGGGGCACGCGGUCCUCCUCUACAGAGAGACGGUGGAAGUGUUGAGCUCCCUGCAUAAACAGGGCUUCAAACUCGGGGUAGCCUCACGCACUAGUGAGGUGAAGGGAGCCAAUCAGCUGCUGUCGCUCUUCAAACUCGACCAAUACUUUUCCCUCAAAGAGAUCUACCCGGGAUCAAAGGUCACACACUUCAAAAAACUGCAGGCGGACAGUGGGGUACAGUUCAGGGAAAUGAUGUUCUUCGAUGAUGAACAGAGAAACAUUACAGACGUCAGCCGACUAGGUGUGCACUGUGUCCUGGUCCCCGAUGGCGUCACAGAGCAGUUAACUCGAAAGGAACUACUUGCCUUCUCCCAGAGAUGACCUGUCACCUGACACCAGUCCUCAGGAGUCAGGAAGCUGGAGAGCUGCCUACACACACACACACACACACACAGUAACACUGUACACACACACACACUCACACACACACAGUAACACUGUACACACACACACAUACACACACACA